AUGUCUUUACCAGGGCCCCUUGAGGAUGCCAUUGAGGAUGAAGAGGAAGAGUGCCUGUCUGAAGAAAAUGACAUUAUCUCAAAAGAAGACUUUCCACUGGAGGAAAGCUUUUCUGCAGAGUUUGAGCCUGAGAAUUUGAGUUGUGAAGAAGUGGAAUACUUUUGUAAUAAAGGUGAUGAAGAGGGCAGCCAGGAAACAGCAGAAUCAGAUGGUGAUGCACAAUCAGAGAAACCAGGACAACUCAUUGUGGAGACAGAUGACUGGGAUGGGCCAGGAGAGUUGGAGAUGUUCCAGAAGGAUGGGGAGCGCAAGAUUCAGAGUCGGCAGCAGCUUCCGGUUGGAACAACAUGGGGCCCUUUUGCUGGGAAGAUGGGUCUGAAUAAUAACACCUUGAAGACAAAGGCUCCAGUCCCUAUGGUGCUGACUGCUGGUCCCAAGUGGUUGCUGGAUGUGACUUGGCAAGGAGUAGAAGACAACAAAAACAACUGCAUCGUGUACAGCAAAGGUGGCCAACUUUGGUGUACUACAACUAAGACCAUCUCUGAGGGUGAAGAGCUAAUUGCCUUUGUUGUGGAUUUUGACUCAAGGCUACAAGCUGCCAGUCAGAUGACUCUUACAGAAGGGAUGUAUCCUGCACGUCUGCUGGACUCAAUACAACUGCUCCCUCAACAAGCUGCUAUGGCAUCUAUUUUGCCUACAGCUAUUGUCAACAAAGAUAUAUUCCCUUGCAAAUCCUGUGGCAUUUGGUAUCGAAGUGAGCGGAAUUUGCAGGCCCAUCUCAUGUACUACUGCAGUGGGAGGCAAAGAGAGGGAGCUCAGCUGUCAGAGGAGAAUGAAGAUAGUGCUCAUCAGAUAUCCAGUGUCUGCCCCUUUCCACAGUGCACCAAAAGUUUUUCUAAUGCAAGAGCUCUGGAAAUGCACCUAAAUUCUCACAGUGGAGUGAAAAUGGAAGAAUUUCUCCCGCCUGGUGCUAGUCUGAAAUGCACAGUUUGUAACUACACUGCAGACUCGGUGAUUAACUUUCAUCAGCACCUGUUUUCACAUCUCACUCAAGCUGCCUUUAGAUGCAAUCACUGCCAUUUUGGCUUCCAAACUCAGAGGGAGCUACUGCAGCACCAAGAGCUACAUGUCUCUGGCAACAAGCUGCAGAGAGAAAGUGACAUUGAGCACUCUCCAGGUGGUACUGAUGAAGCUUUACAGCCAGCAACAGACCUUUUGAACAGAAAUGAAGUUCCCCAGAGCCAAAAGACCAUGCAGACUAAGGAUGCAAGUUCGGACACUGAGCUUGACAAAUGUGAAAAAAAGACUCCACUUUUCCUUCCAGCCCAGAGGCCAGAAACACAGCCUGCAACAAAUAAACAAAGUUUUUCAUACACUAAAAUAAAAUCUGAACCAUCUAGCCCAAGACUUGCCUCCUCCCCAGUUCAACCUAAUAUUGGCCCUUCUUUUCCUAUGGGACCUUUUCUCUCUCAGUUUGCUUUUCCCCAGGACAUCACAGUGGUUCCUCAGGCUUCAGAGAUCUUAGCCAAAAUGUCUGAACUGGUCCAUCGAAGACUGAGGCAUGGCAGUAGCAGUUAUCCUCCUGUAAUUUACAGUCCAUUGAUGCCAAAAGGGGCUACUUGCUUUGAGUGUAACAUAACAUUCAACAAUUUGGACAACUACUUGGUACAUAAAAAGCAUUACUGCAGCAGCCGAUGGCAGCAGAUGGCAAAGUCACCAGAUUUUUCCAGCAUUUCUGAAAAAAUACCUGAGGCUGUAAGUCCCAAUAAUGGCCAAAGUUCUAUAAACAUUCUGAAUACUGCUCCUCACACUUCCGAUGCAGAGAAUCAACUUCUUCAGACGUCUUGCAUUAACUCCUCUACUGUCUUAGAUUUGAUUGGGCCAAACAGUAAAGGUCAUGAAAAAGACUUUUCGGCACAGACUAAGAAGCUUUCAGCUGCAACCAGCAAUGAUGAGAAAAUGAAUGGAAAACCUGCUGAUGUGAAGAACCCCAAUGCUCCUUUAGUAGAAGGAGAAAGUGAUCCCAACAAAACCACAUGUGAAGCUUGCAAUAUUACUUUCAGCAGACAUGAAACAUACAUGGUCCACAAACAGUAUUAUUGUGCCACACGCCAUGAUCCUCCACUGAAGAGAUCUGCUUCCAGCAAAGUGCCUGCUAUGCAGAGAACAAUGCGUACACGUAAACGAAGGAAGAUGUAUGAGAUGUGCCUACCAGAGCAGGAGCAAAGGCCACAGCUGGUUCAACAACGGUUUCUUGAAGUGGCUAAUCUUGGCAACCCUUGCACAUCCACUCAAGAAUCAACAGAAGGUCUUGGAGAAUGUUACCAUCCUCGGUGUGAUAUCUUUCCAGGAAUAGUCUCAAAGCAUCUAGAAACUUCGUUGUCCAUUAACAAAUGUAUUCCAGUUUCAAAGUGUGACACUCCACACUCCACAGUUUCUUGCUUGGAGAUGGAUGUACCCAUAGAUCUCAGCAAAAAAUGUUUAUCACAGUCAGACAGGACAUCCACCUCUCCAAAAAGGCUGCUAGACUACCAUGAGUGCACAGUUUGCAAGAUCAGUUUUAACAAGGUAGAGAACUAUCUUGCCCAUAAGCAAAAUUUUUGCCCUGUCACUGCACAUCAGCGUAAUGACAUGGGACAGCUUGAGAGCAAAGUAUUUCAAAACCCAGAAAGUGAACGAAACAGCCCUGAUGUCAGUUAUGAAAGAAGCAUAAUCAAAUGUGAGAAAAAUGGAAACUCGAAACAGUCUUCUCCCAAUGGAAACUUGUUUUCUACACACUUAGCAACUCUUCAAGGACUUAAAGUCUUUAGUGAAGCAGCCCAGCUUAUUGCUACAAAAGAAGAAAACAAACAUUUGUUUCUUCCACAAUGCCUUUACCCUGGAGCAAUAAAGAAAGCUAAAGGAGCAGAUCAGCUUUCUCCAUAUUAUGGAAUAAAGCCAAGUGAUUACAUUUCUGGUUCUCUUGUCAUUCAUAACACUGAUUUAGAUCAAAGCACAAAUACAGAAGGUGAAUCUCCUAAAGGCCAGAUACCUUCAAACGGGUGUGCUGUGCAGAAGAAAGAGUCUCUUCCAUUAUUGCCAAAAAACAGAGGCAUGGUAAUAGUUAAUGGUGGACUAAAACAGGAGGAAAGGCCUGCAACAAACCAACAACAAGAGAACAUUUCCCAGAAUCCUCAACAUGAAGAUGGGCACAAGUCUCCCUCUUGGAUUUCUGAGAAUCCUUUAGCUACAAACGAAAAUGUCUCUCCAGCUAUUCCUACAGCGGAGGAACAGUUGUCUAGUAUAGCAAAAGGUGUGAAUGGUUCCACCCAAGCCCCAACCAGUGGGAAAUAUUGCCGACUGUGUAACAUCCAGUUCAACAACCUUUCAAACUUUAUAACUCACAAGAAGUUUUAUUGCUCGUCACAUGCAGCGGAACAUGUCAAAUGA